UGAGCUGAGCUUUCUGCUUCAGACCGGCAGGAGAGAAGGAGCAGCAGGACGGAACCCUGGAACGAUAGGAGAAAACAAAAGGCUGAAUGUCAGCAGUGAAUGGGAGCAGCAGCAGGAGCAUGGACCGGUCAGACGGAGAAACGACGGGAAAGUCCAAGAGGAAGAGGAGGAGGAGGAGUAAAGGCAAAGGACGAAGCAGCGUGUUAUCAACCCUCAUCAGUCCAGCGAGACACUGGGAAACUGGAGCGUCAUCAGCUGAGGAAGCAGACACUUCUAGUACAAGCAGUUUGGAGGCGAAUGAGAAUCAGGAUGAUAAAAACCCAGUGGACUGCGACCUACUCAAGUAUCAUCCAUCAGCAUUUUGUAUCCGACGUGAAACCAGAGCUCUGAAGAGGAAACAGCCCCUGGUGGAUGGUAAAGACCGGCUGCCUUACCAAAGCCAUCUAACCUGUAAAAGGGCAGCAUGGGCAGUCAGUCAGAAGAACGCUCUGGUCCAGUUAAAUGAGCUCCGACCAGGUCUGCAGUAUGAGAUCCUGUCAAAGACCGGACCGCUACAUGCGCCACUGUUUUCUGUAGCUGUAGAGGUGAACGGCCUGCGCUUCGAAGGCUCAGGGCCGACCAAAAAGCAGGCCAAGAUGAGGGCUGCAGAAUUGGCUCUCCGCUCCUUCAUCCAGUUUCCAAAUGCUUCCCAAGUUCACGCCGCCAUAGGGAACUUUACCAGCACUGCUGUGGAUUUCACUGCAGAUCAGCUGGAGAACACUGACGCUGUCCUCAAAGACUCUGAGCCAUCACUGCAUGAAAACUGUGAUCCCCUACACUGUAGCACCGCAAAACAGGAGGUGUUCUCCAGUAUAUACAAGCACAGACGACUUAUCAGACUGUCGCUGGACUUUGUCUCCUCUGCCAAUCCAAUACGACGAGCCCUCAGCGCUUCACUUUUGGAGCACUUCAGCCCGGUGGCACUGCUCAAUGAGCUGCGACCAGGACUCAGGUACAUCUGCCUGACUGAGAGGGUUUAUGGCAGACCGCCGAGGAGCUUCAUUAUGGUGGUGAAAGUGGAGGGAAGGGUGUUUGAAGGGUGUGGUCACAGUAAAAGGCUGGCCAAGGCCCAGGCAGCAGCAGCAGCCCUGCAGUCACUUUUCAACAUAAAUCUGGGACCAGAGAGGAUGGUAAUGGGCCGCCAGGGCUGUAGAUCCAAGUAUCAGCUACCUCAGUUCUUCACAGAGUCCAUCUUCCACCUGGUGAGACAGAAACACAGCGAGCUGACAGACAGUUGCUUUUCUACCUCUCACGCUUGUCACAAAGUUCUGGCAGGGAUCGUAAUGACCAGAGGAUUUGACCUCAGAUCAGCCCAGGUUGUUUCUCUGGCGACUGGGACCAAGUGUCUGGAUGCAGAGAGUGUGAGCGACCGAGGCUUAACUCUGAGCGACUGCCAUGCUGAAGUCGUCAGCAGAAGGGCGUUGGUUCGAUUCUUGUAUGCUCAACUGGAGCUGCUGCUCUGUAAGCCAGCAGAUGGUGAGGAACAGUCGAUCUUUGUACCAAAUAAAAGCUGUAGCGGUUUUCGGCUGAGGGAUGACAUCCUCUUCCACAUGUACAUCAGCUCAUCUCCAUGUGGAGAUGCUCGACUCAACUGCCCCUACGAAACCAAGGCCACAUAUCCUGGCAGGAGGUUUCGUUGCCAUCUAAGGGUGAAGGUGGACGGAGGUGAGGGGACGCUCCCCGUCACGGCACGGAGAGCCAGUCAGAAAUGGAAUGGUGUGUUGCCGGGUAAACCUCUGAUCACCCUGUCUUGCACUGACAAAAUAACAAAGUGGAGUGUCGUGGGCCUCCAGGGGGCGCUCUUAUCCCACCUGGUGGAGCCGGUUUACCUGCACAGUCUGACGGUGGGGACACUGAGCCACACAGGUCACCUGAGCAGAGCCAUUGCACGCCGCCUCGCGCUCGUCAGACACCUGCCGUUUCCCUAUCGACGACAGCAGCUGCUGCUCGGCUGUCUGAGCAGGAGUGACAUCCGACCAUCAGGAAAGGCUCCAAACAGCAGCGUGAACUGGAGCUUUGGUGAUGAAGGUCUGGAGGAAAUCAGCACCUCCUCAGGAAGGAGGAAGGACUCAGGGACGCCUUCACGGCUCUGCAGGAGCGUCAUGUUUGCCCGAUGGCAGCGACUGCAGCAGCAGAUAUCAGGUAAAGAAUCAACCACAACAUACUAUGGCUCCAAGAUGGCGGCUGGACGCUACCAGAGGGCGCUGCAGCAGUUCACCGGGUCUCUGCAGGGAGGAGGGCUGGGGACGUGGAUCCGAAAACAUCCAGACCCGGGUCACGGAGGGCUGGGGACGUGGAUCCGAAAACAUCCAGACCCGGGUCACGGAGGGCUGGGGACGUGGAUCCGAAAACAUCCAGACCCGGGUCACGGAGGGCUGGGGACGUGGAUCCGAAAACAUCCAGACCCGGGUCACGGAGGACCGUGUUAAAGGCAGAGUGGGGGGGGCUGGUGUGAACAGUCAAAGAAUUUUAUCCACAAAUAUUUGGUAUUAAUGACGUGACAUUAAACCAAUAACAGAAGAAAGACACUGUUGCUAUGCAAAUGAGUUCAACACAUGAGAGCUGGAGCAGACUCAGUUUCCAGAUGCUCGAUAAUUAUCGCAUUUGUACGAUCCUUCUUCCUGUAAGUGACAUACAGUCGGUAAUGCCAAAAGUCCCAUAGUUUGAUCAAAUCGUGACACUUAACAGUUGUCAAAACGCUUGGUUUAGUCUGGACCAGGGGUGGGCAACCUGUGGCUCUGGGGCCACAUUUGGAUCUGGGGCCAUUUUCAAGUGGCUCCAUGUGGCUUUGUCAAAAAACAUAUCAUAAUUACCUGACUCAUACAGAAAUGGACAAAAGUAUGUGGACACGUUGAAUUCAGGUGUUUCUUUUCUAACGGGUCUGAGAUAAAAAUCAACAAUGACUAAUAAUGUCACAAUAUAGUUUUAUAUUGGGAUAAAUAUCAUUGCAUUCGUUAUUUUGGUUUAAAUUGUUACUGUUGCUUCCAAAAUGUGUCAGAAAUGGUUUUUGCUUAAUUUAUCUCAACAUUGAUUUAUUUAUUUUUAAAUUUUUUAAU